AUGCGCAACCCGUUCCAGGUGGUGGUGCGCUGCCGUCCACAGCUACCGGAGGAAAAGGGUGACCCAUGUUCUCGCGUUUCUUUUGGAGAUAACGAUGGGCGGGUGUUUGUGAGUGGCAGGGGCCAGGAAGACACGCGCUGCUUUACCUUCGACCGGGUUUUUACACCGGAGUCGACGCAAGAGACUGUCAUGCAGGCGGUGACACCGAUGAUUGACCACGUCCUCAGUGGCUUCCACGCCACCGUGUUCGCGUACGGGCAGACGGGGAGCGGGAAAACGUACACA